AAACAAUCUAGUCCCAAACGAAAACAAAUCGCAAUCCUCUUGGCCAUCUCGUGAUUUUAUCUUUUAAUUCGAUUCCAAGAAAGGUCAAAGGAUUACUACAAACUAUUACCGCCCAGCAAUGGCAUCCGCUUCCAGCAGUAGCGCUAAAAAUCUGUUUAGUGAUUCAAAACGACGACUAGCCGAAAGGGUUGUGGUCAACGUGAAUAACGCCUCGUCCGUGGCUCGUCAGAUCGUGCGUGGUUCAAAGUCGAACGAAAUUCUCAUGCAAGCGGCCAAAAACUUUGCCUACCACGAGAGCACCGUGGACAACAGCAUCCAAAACCUAAAGAAGAUGGAAAUCAUUUUCCAACACCUAAACUAUCAACACGAAGCCAUUUCGCAAGCAGCUGAUAAGCUGGAGUACGUCGAGGAACAAGUGAAAGCAAUGGAAAGGUGAUAAAACUUCGAGCGAAUUGGAAAAGAAUUUCACAGCCCAUCAAUAACAUGCUAUGGCAGCGCCCUCUGUACGCAAAUCGAAACAACACGCGCUGCUGCAGUGCUGCCAGUUGCUAUGUCAAACCUGGCUUUUGGCAGACCGCCAAAACGGCAUCAGAUCGUAAACAUUCCCGCGAUAAUGUCCCAACAUUGUUUUUUUUAUGUUGCUUGCUGAUGUGAUCAUAGUGUGCUUCGUUUAGCUAAAUCUCAGCAGAAAUGUGCUAUUCCAUGGUAAAACUGAAAAUAAAUCGCAAUCUAGCAAUCUA